UGGAGGAGGAGGAGGGAGAAGGAGGGAGGUGUUCAAUGAGAGCUCCUCGGCUCCCCCUCCCGCGCCUGAGAGGUGCUGUCCCUCCCUGAGCGGAGAAGGGGAUAGCUGCCGGGGAGACAGGUCCCGUUCCCUUGCUGUGCUGCCGGGGAGAGCGGAGGAGGGUGGUGGGGAGCGUGUCUGUGUGCGUGGUGGUGGGGGUUAUUUAUUUAUUUAUUGCUCCUGGUGGUUGCAGCUGGCAGACCUGGGAAGGAGUAGGGCGCCAUUGCCAGAAGGAUUAUUGCCAGGAGAGGCGCGGGAGGGGUGGAGGGGGGAGAGAGAGGAGACCCCGAGGCUCCCGAGAAAGCGGAGAGUGGCAGCUCUUUUCCUCCCGCCUUGGCUUCUGCCGCCGGGGGAUGCGCCCGGACUGAGAGGGGCUCGGCUCCCUUCCGCCGCUCUGUCCGUCCCCCCACCCUCAGUCCUCCUCCUGCUCCCCGCUAUCCAGCAGCAUGCAUCCCUCUCCGCGGAGACCGGCCGCUGCCACCUCCAACCCUGCCAUGCUACUGCUGCUCCUGUGCCUGGGCUGGGCGCCGCCGGGAUGGGGCUGGCCGCGGGGCAGCUCCCGGGGGGCGGCCGGGCUGCCCCCCAACGCCACCACGCCGAUCUCCAUCAUGGGCUUGAUGCCGCUCAGCCAGUCCGAGGAGGACCAGAAGAGCAGGAUCGGCCGGGGAGUGCUGCCCGCCGUGCAGCUGGCCAUGGAUCAGAUCCGCAACGAGUCCCUGCUCAACCCCUAUUUCCUGGACCUGCGGCUCUACGACACGGAGUGUGACAAUGCAAAAGGACUCAAAGCCUUCUAUGAUGCAAUAAAAUAUGGACCUAAUCAUCUGAUGGUUUUUGGUGGUGUGUGUGCAACAGUUACUUCUAUCAUUGCUGAAUCUCUAAAAGGGUGGAAUCUGGUUCAGCUUUCAUUUGCAGCAACAACCCCAGAGCUGGCUGAUAAGAAAAAAUAUCCUUAUUUCUUCCGGACAGUGCCAUCUGAUAAUGCAGUCAAUCCAGCAAUUUUGAAGUUACUCAAAUACUAUCACUGGAAGAGAGUAGGAACUUUAACCCAGGAUUUACCAAGGUUUUCUGAGGUGAGGAAUGAUCUGACUGGCGUUCUUUAUGGUGAAGACAUCGAGAUUUCAGAUACUGAGAGUUUUUCCGAUGAUCCCUGCACAAGUGUAAAGAAGCUUAAGGGUAAUGAUGUUCGGAUAAUCCUUGGCCAGUUUGAUGAGGAAAUGGCUGUGAAAGUUUUCUGCUGUGCUUAUGAUGAAGAAAUGUAUGGCAGCAAAUAUCUGUGGAUUAUUCCAGGGUGGUAUGAAAACCUUUGGUGGGAAUCCUGGAUUAAUUCCUCACAGUGUCUCAGUAAAAAUCUUCUUGCAGCCAUGGAAGGUUAUAUUGGAGUGGAUUUUGAACCUCUCAGCUCAAAAACGUCAAAGACUAUAUCAGGAAGGACUCCACAGCAGUAUGAAAAGGAAUACAAUGCUAAGCGCGGUGAUGGACAAUCCAGCAAAUUUCAUGGUUAUGCCUAUGAUGGAAUAUGGGUGAUUGCCAAGACCCUACAGCGGGCAAUGAAGUAUCUGAAUGCCACCACCAAGCACCAAAAAAUUGAAGAUUUUAAUUACACAAAUCACAAACUUGGCAAAAUUUUUCUGGAUGCUAUGAAUGAAACCAACUUCUUUGGAGUAACGGGUCAAGUUGUUUUCAGAAAUGGAGAGAGGAUGGGAACCAUCAAAUUUACACAAUUCCAAGAGCGAAAGGAAGUAAAGGUGGGAGAAUACAAUGCUGUAGCUGACACACUGGAAAUAAACAACAGUGUCAUCAGAUUCCAAGGACUUGAGCCUCCAAAGGACAAAACAAUUAUACAAGAAGAGCUGCGCAAAAUCUCCCUGCCUCUCUACAGCAUCCUCUCUGCCCUCACCAUCCUAGGAAUGAUAAUGGCCAGUGCUUUCUUGUUCUUUAACAUCAAAAACAGAAAUCAGAAACUAAUAAAGAUGUCCAGUCCCUACAUGAACAACCUUAUUAUCCUUGGAGGGAUGCUUUCUUAUGCAUCUAUUUUUCUUUUUGGUCUUGAUGGAUCCUUUGUCUCCGAAAAGACAUUUGAGACACUUUGCACAGUCCGAACAUGGAUUCUUACAGUGGGAUACACAACUGCAUUUGGAGCAAUGUUUGCAAAAACGUGGAGAGUUCAUGCAAUUUUCAAAAACGUAAAAAUGAAGAAAAAGAUCAUUAAAGACCAGAAGCUACUGGUGAUAGUUGGAGGGAUGCUACUGAUUGAUCUUUGCAUCCUGAUUUGCUGGCAGGUUGUGGAUCCUUUGAGGAGGACAGUGGAAAAAUAUAACAUGGAGCCGGACCCUGCAGGCAGAGAUAUCUCCAUCCGACCAAUCUUGGAGCACUGUGAAAACACCCACAUGACAAUUUGGCUUGGGAUUGUCUACGCUUAUAAAGGGCUGCUGAUGUUAUUUGGGUGUUUCCUAGCCUGGGAGACACGAAACGUCAGCAUUCCUGCUUUGAAUGACAGCAAGUACAUCGGAAUGAGUGUAUACAACGUGGGCAUAAUGUGCAUCAUUGGUGCUGCUGUUUCGUUCCUUACCCGGGACCAACCCAAUGUGCAGUUCUGCAUUGUUGCUUUAGUCAUAAUAUUCUGCAGCACCAUUACUCUCUGCCUUGUGUUUGUACCUAAGCUCAUCACACUGAGAACAAAUCCAGAUGCAGCCACACAGAACAGACGAUUUCAGUUCACUCAAAAUCAAAAGAAAGAAGAUUCAAAAACAUCCACAUCAGUCACCAGUGUCAAUCAGGCCAGCACAUCUCGACUAGAAGGAUUGCAGUCAGAGAACCACCGCUUGAGAAUGAAAAUUACAGAGCUGGACAAAGACUUGGAAGAGGUCACAAUGCAACUUCAGGACACUCCUGAGAAAACAACAUACAUUAAGCAGAACCACUAUCAGGAUCUUAAUGAUAUUCUUAGUAUACGGAACUUCACAGACAGCAAAGAUGGUGAGAAAGCCAUUUUGAAAAAUCAUCUUGAUCAAAAUCCACCAGCACAGUGGGGCUCAUCAGACCCUUCCAGAACAAGCAAAGAUCCCAUAGAAGACAUCAACUCUCCAGAACACAUACAGCGUCGGCUGUCCUUGCAGCUGCCCAUUCUUCACCAUGCCUACUUGCCGUCCAUAGGAGGAGUGGAUGCGAGCUGUGCCAGUCCGUGCGUAAGCCCCAGUGCCAGCCCCCGGCACAGACACGUGCCGCCCUCCUUUCGAGUGAUGGUUUCAGGGCUGUAGGAAAGGGAGAUCUGUGCUUCCUGAACUGCUUUUAAGUACUCAAUGACUGGACUAAACAUCUGACCUGGAACUCUGCUACAAACAUGUAACAUUGGCUCUUACCACAGAGGAACUGCCGCUGAGGCCCUCGUCACAGGAGUGCCCGUGUAACUCAUGUGGGAAGGCAAAGGAGAAGGACACAAGGAGUUUGAUCUGUAGCCUUAUUCAUGGAGUUUUUAUUUCUUCACGUAGAAGUCACUGAAAAAAAAACGUUUCUUCCAAAAUUUCUACUAGCAACAAGGAGGCUGGGAAAUACGGAUCUUGCAAAAAAGACACUAGGAAAAAAAAAAACCAAACGCUCAAAUGUCACUGAGCUUUGUGUGGCUGCUGAGAACAUGCAAUUCUAUACUGUAUCUAUGUAAGGAAAAUGCAGUGGUUGAGCUAUACCAUGUUGAAACAAAUACACUCAUUUUUACAAGAGUUGUGUAAAAUCGCUGGAAACAUUCUGCACUGGUUAGUCUUGCUUGUUUUCAUUUCAGGUGAUGAUGUUCAGUAGGAAGGAAUUGUGAGAAAUGAUUCCUCAGGUGUCAUUGAGACUGCAGUGCUGUGAGCAGAGUCACCUCUAACUUGCAGCUGUAUGUGAAACCCAAGCAGAGCAUGAAGCUCCAACUCUGAAUUGCCACCAGCUAGAGAGCUGCUGGUUGCAAGAGGAGUGCUUUGCCCUUCUCCAGGGAAAAUGGUAGUAACUGCUGACCAUCUGCAGCUUCAUUUUUAGCAAAGUUUUUGCACCUAUUUCAGAAUAAACACCACCAACCGUAAUGUACUAAACUGUCUGGAAAAGUCCUAGGGCUGAUAACUCAGGAAACUGAGGACAGAUGGGUAGUAAAGUCUUAAUGUCACAGGAUGAAUUGUUUUUCCUAGUUUGUUUGAAUUGUGUCACACAUAAUUACAAUAAAAUUAAUUUAGUUGACUUGGGUAGGGGGAGGGGCUAGGGCACAGCACUUUGCUGCUGCAGGCAAAGCCUGCAGAGCUCAUAGAUGUGAAUAUACACUACGUUUGCUUCAUCCCUGUGUGUGACAGUUGUAGCAGAUAAUAGAGAGGACAAAUCCAAUUUACCAAUAGAAUAUUUUAUCUGAAGCCUAAAAGGACUGUGAAAAACAAAACAAAACAAAACAAAACAAAACAAAGGGUUUUAUACUUUAGUUCCAUUCCCUUAACUGAAGCAAUUAGGAGGAAGGAUAGUGGUGUACCGUCUGGACCAAAUCUGGAGCCAAACCCUCAGGCGCAGGUGAGACACAUGUGCAGCUUCUUUUUCCAAGGGACUGGAAAUGUGUCCUCUGACUUCCAGGGCUGUUUGCUGAAAGUAGGGGGGAAAAAACACAUGAAGCACCCACUGGGCUCUCAGUUUUCUUUGACCAACACCUGUGCACCUCAGACCAAACCUUCAGAAUGACAUACCUACAAAGGUUUACAAAUCAGCAACGACUGAAGCACAGUUGAAGGGGUUCGUUAGCUGAGGGAUUUAACUGCAGCUUUGACAAGCUAGCAUAAAUCUCCAUUAAAAAUAAAACACACCUCAUAGUGGCCAAAACCAACAUGAAUAUGUAUCUGAAUCUUACAAUCAGGAGCAUCACAAAAUAUUUCACUUGGCACAUACAGUAAAAGAGGGUAUGGAAAUAUCUGUAGCUUUUAGAACAAAAAAAACCUGUAAGUAUAAACACAGAUAAAAUAGAACUCAUUACUCUGUUUAAGCACUAAACACUGACGUUGUCACUCAAUGUGUGUUGACAGUAUUCUCUUGCUUUAUUAAUAUCAUCAGGGCCUGGUUUAUUUUAAAAGGAAUGUUAAUUUUUAAAAAGAUAAAAUUACAAUAUUGUAUAUAAUGUAUACACAAAGAUCUCUGUAGAAAUAUUAUUCCAACUUAGCAGGAAAAAAAAAAAUCAGAAGUAUCGGACCAUUGGAGGUGAGUGUGUGUGUGUGUGUGUGUGUGUGUGUCUGUAACUUCGUGAAUACUGACUGUGUGACGUUUAUUAGGUUUAAACCAUGCAGUACAUUCUUUGUCUCAAUGAUACUGUAGUUUCUCCCAUAACAUUUUUUUUUUACUUUACUGCAGAUAACAAGACCAACCAAGUGAAUAUAGCUAUUUAAUGUUUCUGUUCUUUUAUACUGCAGCAAAAAUGUACUGUAAAUUUAUGAAGAGGCUGUGCCCCAAUGGCAUUUUUCAAUGAUGUUAGUGCACAAAUGCUUUAAACUAGACUGGAACUGCCAGAAUAAAAUGUAAAUGAAGAAUUUCUUGUAUAACCUUAUACUGCAUGAGAUCAAUUUUUAAUAAAUUGUUGCAAAUCUGUUUUUAUGAAUAAAAUAUGUAAAACCUA